GAAAGGUAACGUGACUGCGGCCGUGCCGUGUGGUACGCACGUCAAUUCACGCCCCAUUCUUCUGCUGAACCCAGCUACUGCUUGUGAAAGCUGCCAAAUACCGCCGAUCGUCUUCUGGACUCGCUGUUCGCGCCCGCAAAGCUCACUGUCUCUGCGAAUCUGCCUGCCCGCCGUUGGCACGUCAUCUGCCAAGUUUGAAAGGGCAAGAGCCCCUCGACAGCGCGACCUCCACAACAAACGACCCCCACCUACCAUCACCACACCCGCCGCGCCGCAAACAUGGACACGAAUAUGGAGGAUGUCAAGAUGCCUGAGCCCAUGCAGCUCUCGUCAGCUCCGGCAUCCGAGCCCACCACAAUCCCCACGUUGGAUGGCUGGAUCGAGAGCCUGAUGCAGUGCAAGCAAUUGGCGGAGAGUGAUGUACAGAGGCUGUGCGACAAGGCCCGUGAAGUUCUUCAGGAAGAGUCAAACGUACAACCAGUGAAAUGUCCCGUCACAGUUUGUGGUGAUAUUCACGGACAGUUCCACGACUUGAUGGAACUGUUCAAGAUUGGCGGUCCCAACCCCGACACGAACUACCUCUUCAUGGGUGACUACGUGGACCGAGGAUACUUCUCUGUCGAGACUGUGACCCUUCUUGUUGCAUUAAAGAUUCGAUACCCCCAGCGCAUUACCAUCCUCCGUGGAAACCACGAGUCGAGACAGAUCACCCAGGUGUACGGCUUCUACGACGAGUGCCUCCGCAAGUACGGCAACGCCAAUGUCUGGAAAUACUUCACAGACCUCUUCGACUACCUGCCUCUCACCGCCUUGAUCGACAACCAGAUCUUCUGUCUCCACGGUGGUCUCUCGCCUAGCAUUGACACCCUCGAUAACAUCAGGGCGCUUGACCGCAUUCAAGAAGUACCACACGAGGGUCCCAUGUGCGAUCUUCUUUGGUCAGACCCUGAUGACAGAUGUGGUUGGGGAAUAUCUCCUCGUGGUGCCGGUUACACAUUCGGACAGGACAUCUCAGAAGCUUUCAACCACAACAACGGCCUGACGCUGGUGGCACGCGCUCAUCAGCUUGUUAUGGAGGGUUACAACUGGUCGCAAGACAGAAACGUCGUGACAAUCUUCUCAGCACCAAACUACUGCUAUAGGUGCGGUAACCAGGCUGCCAUAAUGGAGAUUGAUGAGCAUCUCAAGUACACUUUCCUGCAGUUCGACCCCUGCCCGCGCGCUGGCGAACCGAUGGUCUCGCGCAGGACUCCGGACUACUUCUUGUAGAAAAGGCCGACAGCCUUCAAAGGAGGGCAUGAUAGGGCGAGGGAGCCGCAUAAUACCAACCAAAUAUUACCACACAUGGCAAGGCGCUGGCAUGUCUACUUUGCACGUCUGGUGAAAGUGCACCAGGAUGCCGAGAGCAUAACCGGACUGGUGAACCUACAAACCUGGGAUUGCUGGCCAAUGACGAUGAUUGCUAUUGCUAUGCAGGCUCUUGCGUAGACUUGUAGGCCACAUGCUAGUAGCUAUAUGCGCAUAUACGAUGAGUGAUGACUUCGGUGUUUGAGUGUUCCUCGUUCAGUGCUCUGCGCUUGCUUGUCCGUGUUCAAUCAUACAAAGCUGCUCAU